CGUCCGUAUAUCCGAUUGGCCCGAGUCGCGCUGACGCCUUGCGUGACGCCAUCACUGGCAUGCAAGCAAUUGCAGCGUGAGUAUGGCGAAUAUCAGAAGUGUCAAGGGUAUGGUAGGUCUGGUGACAGGAGGAGCUUCUGGUUUGGGGAGAGCCACUGUUGAGCGACUUAUCAGUCAGGGGGCCAGCGCUGUGAUCCUAGACCUGCCCAGCUCAGAUGGUCACAAACUCGCUGCUUCACUUGGGGACCGUUGUGCGUUUGCCCCAACUGAUGUCACAUCAGAGUCAGAUGUGAAAUCGGCCGUCGAUUUGGCCAAGGAGAAAUAUGGAAAGGUGGACUUGGCGGUGAACUGUGCUGGAAUAGCUGUGGCUGUAAAAACGUACAACUUCAAAAAGGAUCUUCCUCACAGUCUGGAGGAUUUCACCCGUGUUAUCACUGUAAACAUUGCUGGGACGUUUAAUGUGAUCAGAUUGGCUGUAGGGGAGAUGGGGAAAAAUGAGCCCGAUGCUGAUGGGCACAGGGGUUGUAUCAUCAACACAGCCAGUGUUGCUGCUUUUGAUGGGCAGGUGGGCCAAGCUGCAUACUCUGCUUCUAAGGGUGGGAUUGUGGGAAUGACUCUUCCCAUUGCCCGGGACCUUGCACCAAUGGGGAUUCGUGUUGUCACCAUUGCCCCAGGCCUGUUCUCCACGCCCCUGCUUGCAGGAUUACCAGAGAAAGUUCAGAACUUCCUGGCAAGGCAGGUGCCCUUCCCCUCACGUCUGGGAGAUCCAGCUGAGUUUGCACACCUUGUGACUGCGAUAGCAGAAAACCCCAUGAUUAAUGGUGAAGUGAUUCGCUUGGAUGGAGCCAUUCGCAUGCAGCCUUGAAGGAAAUGCUGGGAGAAAAGAAAUAGUGGAGAGACUGAACACUGGGAAAACCUAAAAGUGGUCUAUGGAUGAAUUUUCAACAUAAUACAGUAUAAAAAACUCAGGAUUCUUUGUAUGUAAGCAUCACUGUAUCACUGACGUCCUUUUUUACCUGAUUUUUACACUCUUUAGUCUGGUAUUGAUUUACUGACUGUAUAUAUGCACCACUUGCUACUGUGAUGCAAUAGUGACUGUUCACAUACAUGUAGAUGACAUGUGUCCCUGUGGUAAAAACUGGAUUUGAAGAGAUCACAUCUUUUGACUAGGCCUGAUUAAUGUUUGAAAAAUGCCUGAAGUGUAAUAAUACAAUCAUAAGAAGAGUUAUGCUAAAUAGUAGCUAUGUAUUUGCUGAAUGUCUUUUUGCGUGUAAAAUAAAAAUAUGUAAAGCAUAACUGAGUUAUAAUAAAUAUUUCGGUUGCAAACCUCUUCAGGGAUCACUUGUACUGAACUGAAAAUAUUGCAAGAUGGUACAAUUAAAACACUGGAAUAACAAUACUGUCAAGUAAUACAUUUUAAUUGUGUGAUUCAUACUGGCAUAUUCUGCUUGGUGUUUCUCUUGUUAAAUAAAACUUUUUUAGUCGUUUAUGGACAAAUACCCCAUGAUUUUGUUCAGUAACUGGACCAAUAGAGGGCAGCAUCGAGCAGGACCGGAAGCUCACAGGGCUUUCUUUUUGCUUUUGGCCUUGUAUAUUGUGCAU